GCGGGAGCACCAGUUCGGAGCGGAACGGGGUUCCUCUGGGCUGGGCGAGGUGUUGGAGCCGGUCAAGGCUAGUGCUGCAGAGGCGUCGUUGCCCACCUCCCUGCCACCCCUACCGCUGAUCUCCGGAGGUACCGCUGCUGCUGCUGGCGGUGGUGGCGGUGAUGGCGGUGGCGGUGGUGGAGGUGGUAUCUUCAGCCCGGUGCGGGGCGGUGGUCAGAGCUCUUUGCCUUCCCCACGUAGCGGCGGCUUCCGAGCAUGGGGCUCGGUUUCCGCGGGACGUGCUGUACCAGGGGCGACGGCGACGGCGGCGGCGGGAGCUGACGGCGGCAGCGGCGGGUCGAUGGUCCCCGGCGAUGCCGCCGCCGCCGCUGCCGCUGCUGACGUGGCGACCACCUCCGUCGCCGACGCGGCCGUGGAGGCGGCCGCGGCGGCGGCGGGCGGCGUUGCACGAGCAGCCACGUCGUCGUCGCCGUCUUCGCUGUACGACUACUUUUUCGGUAGCUCAGGUAUAGUACGACGGGGCUCGAGUGUCCGUGAAAGCAGUAUUGGCGGCGGCGGUGGCAGCACACCCAUUGCGGCGGCGGCGGCGACGGAGCCGACGGUGACGGAGGCGGCGGCAUCUCCGCCAACGCAAGCAGCGGCGGCGCUGGCGGAAUCCGCCAGCGGGCAGGCGUCAGGGGCUGCAGCCGCGCGCAAGGCGGGGCCCCCGGAUUCCCCGGCGCAUGCCCGCGCUCCUUCGUUGUCCGCAGGCGGCUGCAGUCCCUCCUUCGCAUCGCCAGCGGCGGCAGCGCUGACGUCAGCAGCGCACCCCAACCGUGCCUCCACCGGCGGCGCUGUCGUACUCAGCGGCGGGGCCGGCGCCGCCGCCGCCGCCGCUGGCGCCGUCAGCGCCGCUAGCGAUGUCACGGAAGUUUCUGUUCCUGCCGACGCCGCUGAUGCCGACGCCGCCGUCAUAGCAUCGCCGGAACAUAAGGUCGACGACGGCAAUGACGGUGGUAACGACGACGGCGGCGGCGGUGACGACGCUGGCGGGGGUUGCUGCAGUACAGUACGGCCGGUGACGCUGCUGGCGGCGCUGUUGCAGGACCUCCGAGAACGAUGUGGGCUGCUGCACUUAGCCCUGCCGGCGGUGGUGGCGGAGGUGGCGGAGUGGUGUAACGGCGGCGGCGGCGGCGAGGGUUGCGGCGGCGAGGGUGAUUACUGCGGCCUGGUAGCAAGCUGGCGCCAAGAAGUGGUGGCGGUUGUGGAGCCAGGUCCCGAAGCAGACCGCAUCUUCUCCUCUCUAGCCGGGUGCUACGCGCCCCACCACUUUCCAAGCGGCAACGGCCACCCCAGAUGCGAUCCCAGCCCCGCCCCCAGCAGCCUAUCCUCGCUGUUCGCCGCGGCCCGAGGGGGCCCCCUGGAGUGCCCUCGCAGUCGCUGCUGCUACUCGCUGCUGGCGCGGCAGGAGGUGUGGCACGGGGGGAGCACGCUGGCGACAUUGCUCAUCCAGGUCUGCCGCCCAGCAGCCCUACUGCGGCCCUCCGACUUGGCCGCCCUAGCGCCGCAGCUGGGAGGCAUGAUCGUCACGGCCGCCUCACCUCUACCUGCCGCCAUUCGUACGGCCUUACUAAGCGCUGGCGCCGCCGCCGUGGUCUGCCCUGAUACGCCGCUGGCGGCGGUAUCGACUGAGUCGACUGGUACGGCACAUGCGCCUCCGUCAACCCUGCCGACGUCGGGUACGACGAUGCCGUCGCCGUCGCCGCAGCCAGUGCCGUUCCGCCGCGGUUCAGUUGCGCGUGAAAGCAUCAGCUUUGGCGGCUGCUUGUCGUCACCACCACAGCAGCAGCCGCAGCCCCCGCAGCAGCAGCAGCACCUGUCGGUGGCUGUAGUACCCGAGGAGGGUGCUGAGAUGGAGGGUGAUGGUGGUUGUGGUGGUGGCGGGAGUGGUGUGGUGGCGGGUGCGGAUGUAGCAGCGGUGGUGGAGUUUUACGAGGUGUUGGUGCGGGAGCUGCUGGCGGGGGCGAGUGUGAGGCGGGCACUAGAUGCCGCGGAGCUGCGACAACCUGCGUUGAGGGGCCGCGUGGCCUUCCAUCACUUGUGAUAAGUGGCGGUGCAAAUUGUUGUGCGCAGUUUUACGUGUGUGUAAUACUGACUGUAACCCGAGGUGCGAUGGAGGCAUAUGAGGUAUCUGCGGGGUAGGCAUACAAUGGAGAGGAGGGUGGGAGGGCGAUGUUUGUUUUGGGAGAAAUGCAGGUGGAGAGAUGUUGGUGAGUUUUUGAGGUGUUUCGGCGGUGCCUAGGUUUAUGAGAGCAGUGUGCUUCAUUCUAGUAAGCGUCUGUGUGACAGCAGGUGGGGUGGUGCAAGUAAUAGCAGGGCUUUGAAUUGCUGUACCUUGCCUGGUUGCAUUCUCGUGCUGCACAAAGAUGGUGGAAUUAAGAACCUAUAGUGAGCGCUGUCAUGAAAGAUUUGGCACAGCGGGUUGUAGAUAUUUGCGCUUGGG